UCGGCCGCCGCUCCGCCUGCCUCUUCCCUUCGGCUAGGGGCGGGUGCGCGCGCAAAGGUUGCACAAGAGGCAGGGCCGGGCAGGGCAACGCUUCCCCGCCACCUCCUGCCUCAAAGCCGGAUAUGUAGCAUCAGCGGCUGGAGGAGGAGGAGGAGGAGGAGGAGGGAAGAGGGGUCGCGCCCGCCUUUGCCUAGAGUCGCUUGUGAGCGGGGAGGUGGGGGAAGCGUUCUGGAGCCGGGAAUUGCUCGGCAACGAAGGUACCUCCUGCAGGAAGUCAGAAGGAGGACAGAGAGAGAGAGCACCAUGUCUUCAAUUGCAGCUUAUUACAAUGGAAAGACCGUACUCAUCACAGGAGCCACGGGUUUCAUGGGCAAAGUAUUGAUGGAAAAGCUACUGCGCUCCAGCCCUAAUGUGGAAGCUGUUUAUAUCCUUGUGAGGCCAAAGGCAGGACAAUCAAUGCAGGAGAGAGUGGCAAAUAUGGUGAAAUCCAAGGUCUUUGACAGAGUCCGGGAAGAUUGCCCUAACUUCCAGGAGAAGAUUAAGCCUAUUAAUGCAGAACUCACUCAGCCAAAUCUGGCCAUCAGCACCAAGGACUCGCAGGAGCUCCUGUCCCGGGUCAAUGUUAUCUUCCACUGUGCAGCAACUGUUCGCUUUGAUGAGCCUCUAAAACAUGCCCUGCUGUUGAAUGUCAUGGGCACACAACAGCUCUUACUGCUGGCCCGGCAGAUGCAGAAGCUCGAGGCUUUUAUCCACAUUUCCACUGCCUAUGCAAAUUGUAAUCGGAGAAAUAUAGAUGAAGUCAUCUACCCACCACCUGUUGAGACCAAGAAGCUCUGCGACUUAGUGGAGUGGCUGGAUGAAUCUAUCAUUCAAGAGAUCACACCCAAACUGAUUGGGGACUGGCCAAACACGUAUACAUACACCAAAGCCUUGGCAGAGUACCUGGUCCAGCAAGAGAAAGAGCACUUCAACAUUGCCAUCAUCAGGCCAUCCAUCGUAGGAGCCAGCUGGCAUGAGCCUUUUCCAGGUUGGAUUGACAACUUCAAUGGACCAAGUGGAAUUAUUAUUGCGGCUGGUAAAGGGAUUCUGCAAACUGUCAAAGUUAAUAAUGAUGCAGUAGCAGAUCUGAUUCCAGUAGAUGUCGUCAUCAACCUCAUCCUAGCGGCUGGAUGGUACACAGCAGUUCACAGACCAAAAACAAUGAUGGUGUACAACUGUACAACAGGUGGAAUCAACCCUUUCUGCUGGGGAGAUAUAGGAUACUAUGUCAUAUCCACAUUCAAAAGGAACCCCCUUGAGCAGGCCUUCAGAAUACCCAGGGCUCAGACAACCUCAAACCACCUGAUAAACCAGUACUGGAUAGCUGUCAGUCAUAAGGCUCCAGCUAUGCUCUAUGACUUCUACUUGAGGUUAACAGGAAGAAAGCCCAGGAUGAUGAAGAUCUUCAAUCGGCUGCACAAAUCUAUGAUGCUUCUGGAAUAUUUCACCUGUCAGUCCUGGGAGUGGUCUUCAGAAAAUAUGAACAUGUUAAUGGCCCAGCUCAGUCCAGAGGACAGGAGAUUAUUCAACUUUGAUGUGCGUCAGCUACAUUGGUCGGAAUACAUUGAAAAUUACUGCAUAGGAGCGAAGAAAUAUUUGCUGAAUGAGGAUAUGUCUGGGAUUCCUGCAGCAAAGCAGCACUUACGAAAGCUAAGGAACAUUCAGUAUGCAUUCAACACCACCCUCCUUGUGAUCAUCUGGCGCAUUUUCAUUGCAAGGUCGCAGAUGGCUCGCAACAUCUGGUACUUCGUUGUGAGUCUCUGCUAUAAGUUCCUUUCCUAUUUCAGGGCAUCAAGCACCAUCAGGCACUGAAAUAGUCAGUAGCAGCCAAAAGGACCUUCCUCUCCUCUAAACAUCUGGGCUUGAAAGUAGCAGGGAAUCCACCACCAACAGCUGCCUGCAGUCAAUGUGCCCUGUUACUAUGAUCACAAUUAUCUUUUUACUAAUGCUUUAAUAUGUGACAGUCUUUCCUCCAUAGGACCAUGCUAAUUUUAAAGCCAUAACUGAAGCUUUAGGCAUGGGUUGUUCUGGCUCUUUUGUCUAGAUUCUGAUAUGCAAGAGGAUGGAUUAACCAAAGCUGCCAUCUUUCCAUCCAAAGUCUAAGAGCUAGACACUCUCAUCCCCACCUCCCUCCUUAAUAUUUGCAGAUUUUAGUCUUAGAAAUUAGGAAAGGAAUACGAUAAGACAAGGAAAUAUCAAAGAAAUAAAUCAGUGAGAGGUUUUCUUAAAUGUAAUUCACAAAUUCUAGCUCAAUGGAA